AACCAGUAGGGAUUUAAAAAAAAGGGGGUCUUCCCCAAUUUCUGUAUUUAUACUCUUCCUUUUAAUUUGACCCCUCUUUUGAGCGUUACCGAAAAGCUGCUGGUUUUAAGAACAAAGGGGCCUCACAAAUGCAGAGAGACAAGCAUAAAAAUCAAGAGGAGUGGGUCUAAUAUGUUGGGUUGAUUAAGAAAUUAAGAUCAAUAAUUCAUUUAUCAUCCAUUCUUAGCAAUCUUAAACCACCCGUGGUAGCUUCUUCCAUUUCAAUUUUCUUUUUUUUUUAAUUUUGGUGCCAUCUUCAAUAAUACACAUUUUGUGCUCAAAAAGUUGAAAAGUGUCCCCAAAAGAGGAAGAGAGAGAGGAGGAGGGGGUUGAUUCACAUUUCACACACACACACACUGAUCGUGAUAAAUAAUAGCAUAGGAAAAGAACUAGUCAUCAAGAACAGAAGCAACUGUUCCAGAAGGGGUAGUAAUAAAACUUAGGACCUAUAUUGUACAUUUUAUAUAAGUUGAAGGCUACUCUCUUUAGUACUCCAAUACUCAAGCUUUUUCUUCUAAAGCUUCCUUUUUGGGUUCUACGUUCACCAACACCACUUCCACAACCACCAUUUUCCCUCUGAAUCUCAACAAUGCGAGACAAAGAGGAAGCAAAAGCAUGGGAGAAGAAGGGUGGAUUCAGAGCUGCAAUGUUUGUUUUCGUGUUGUCAGCAUUGGACAACAUGGGUCUGGUGGCGAACAUGGUGAGCAUGGUGCUCUACUUUUAUGGAGUUAUGCACUUUGAUCUGUCAAGCUCUGCCAACACUCUGACAAACUUUUUGGGUUCCACUUUCUUGCUCUCACUCGUUGGUGCUUUCAUCUCCGAUACUUACCUCAACAGACUCACCACAUGCUUGCUUUUUGGAUCACUCGAAGUCACGGCGCUGGUAGUGGUGACAAUUCAAGCGGGCACAAAGGCGCUACAACCAGAAGCAUGUGGAAAAUCAAGCUGCGUGAAAGGAGGAGUAGCAGUAAUGUUGUACACGUCACUGUGCUUGCUGGCAUUGGGAUCGGGGGGAGUGAGGGGUUCCAUGACGGCACUUGGGGCGGACCAGUUUGAAGAGAAAGACCCGAAGGAAGGGAAGGGUUUAGCCACAUACUUCAAUUGGCUUCUGCUCAGCACAACACUGGGCUCAGUUGUGGGCGUUACUGGCGUCGUCUGGGUUAGCACUCAGAGAGCAUGGUACUUGGGAUUCUUGAUUGUAACCGUUUCUUCCUUCCUUGGAUUUCUCACUCUUGCUCUUGGCAAACCCUUUUACAGAAUUCUACCACCUUCUCAAAGCCCUCUUUCAAGGAUCCUUCAGGUUUUUCUUUUUCUCCUCUUAAAAUGUAAAAUGGGUCUUGAUAAUUCAAACAUGAUUUUUUAUGGAGUUUUGGUUUGUUGGAUUAGGUUCCUAGACAAAGCAGCAGUUCUUCAAGGAAACUUUGAACCAAAACCGUGGAAAGUUUGCACUGUGACACAAGUUGAAGAAGUGAAGAUCCUAACAAGAAUGUUACCAAUAUUAGCUAGCACCAUAAUAAUGAACACUUGCCUAGCACAGCUUCAAACAUUCUCAGUUCAACAGGGGAAUGUAAUGAACCUAAAACUCGGCUCCUUCACCGUUCCCCCGGCAUCAAUUCCGGUGAUACCCCUUCUCUUCUUAUGCAUCCUAAUCCCAAUUUACGAGUUCUUCUUCGUGCCAUUCGCACGAAAGAUCACAAACCAUCCCUCUGGAGUCACUCAGCUCCAGAGGGUUGGCGUUGGACUAGUACUCUCUUCGAUUUCAAUGACGGUAGCCGGAAUCAUAGAAGUGAAGAGAAGGGACCAAGCAAGAAAAGACCCUUCAAAACCAAUUAGCCUAUUCUGGCUUUCAUUCCAAUAUGCGAUUUUCGGGAUUGCAGAUAUGUUCACACAAGUAGGCCUAUUGGAAUUCUUCUAUAGAGAAGCACCAAAAACAAUGAAAUCGCUAUCAACUUCUUUCACAUGGUUAGCAAUGUCCAUUGGUUACUUCUUGAGCACGGUAUUUGUUAAUGUAAUAAACAGCAUCACGAAGAGGGUGGCGCCGAGCAAACAAGGUUGGUUACAUGGAUUCGAUCUGAACUCGAACAAUCUCAACUUGUUCUAUUGGUUCUUGGCCAUCUUAAGUUGCAUAAAUUUCUUCAAUUUCGUUUAUUGGGCGUGUUGGUACAAGUACAAAUCCGAAGAAGAGUAUCAAGAUGGAGAUCAAGAACCAAGGGCGAGGGCCAAAUCGGAAUCCGAAACAAAGCAUAUGAAAAUGGUUCACCAAGGAAUGAUGAUGAUGGGUAAAAGCAGCCAAACUAGUGAAGCCAAUAGUGAGGGACCCUCUUCCUCUGAUGAAACAGAAGAUGGCCAAAGAGAAAGAAGCAAAGUAUAGAGAGAAUGGAAGAAGAGAGAUCAUAAAAGUCAAGGAAAAAAGGAAGGAUCGAAGAGACAUGAUUUGAUGUGCUGAUAAAUCCGUGGAUUGUGGAAUUUGAAAAUCUCCUCCUUCAUAAUACAUGUUUUUUGGGUUUUUAUGAUUGAUGGGUAGUUGGGUACUGUUUUGGCUCUGGCGCCAUCUCUCUGACUCUCUUUGCAGAGUUUAAAGGUUUUUCUCUUUUGCUUCUUUUCUUUUUAAUAUAUAUUUAUAUAAACUUGCCUUAUAUAUCAUCAUUAACCUGCAAAUGUUAUUGCCUA